UUCGGAUGGCAUUGGUAAAUAGUACGCACUGCAUUUGGCCAAGAAAGGCCUCAUCUCAAGGACCGAAUGAAAACUGAUGACGAUUGCCCGGGAUAUCCAUUCGAAGUACCCCGUUGAAGUACGCUGGCUCGCAGUAGAUUUCUCCGAUGGAUCGAAGGUCUACAGCAGGAUCCAGCAAGGAUUUAGAGAGAUUGCAGUGGGUAUAUCGGUCAACAACGUUGGAAUGGCUUAUCGCAACCCGUACACCCUGGACGAGCUUUCCGAGCGGGAGUUGGAGGAAACUCUCUCCGUCAAUAUGCAACCCACGACCAUGAUGACCUACUUGCUUCUGCCGGGGAUGAAACGACGUCGUCGAGGGUUGAUUGUGAACUUGUCUUCGGACGCCGCUCUUACCACAUUGCCCUAUGUCGCUCUGUACGCUGCUUCCAAGGCGUACCUAAGUAGUUUUACAAUGUCUUUGAGAGAGGAACUUCGCGGCACGGGAGUCGAGUGUCAAUUAGUAAUUCCACUGUUUGUUUCUACCAACAUCAACGAACAGUGGAAGAGUGUCAGCUGUUGGAGUGCUAUCGCUGCUGAGGUGGAGCGGUUUGCACGGUUCGCGGUGUUUACGAUGGGGAGAACAGAUUGUACUACUGGAUAUUGGAAGCAUGGUGUGCAAUUAACAGUGAUGAAAAUGGUUCCACUAGGGUUGCGAAAAGAAGAAGUGACUCCUAGUGGUGGUUAG